AUGCGGCGUUGCUCUCAUUUUUUGUUCACACAUAAAGUGCUACGUUCCGUAAUAAAACGUCGAUCGCCGAGUUAUGGAUUGUCGCUCAGUUAUCAAAGGUUACUGUCUACUUUAGUGUCUGGAAGUGAUUCUGAGAGAUGCCGUGGACCCAUAAAAUAUCCACCAAAUGUUUGUGAAAUCCAUUAUUUUUUGCAAAAUCACAAGGUGAAAGCAGUUGCUAGUGAAUCAGAAGAAUUCAAAAGAGUAGUACUCAGUAUCUGGGAUAAGAUUCUUGAAAUUGGUGAUAUCGCUUUAGUAGAAAAAUACUUAGAUGUGAGAAUCAAUUUAGGAAUGAUCUUUAAUGCGAACGAUGUGUUGGCUUGUCUUAAGAAGAGGGACAUGAGUCCUAGUGAGUGCAUUUUCGGAGCUUUCAUUCGUCAAAGUUGUGUGGCCGGAGAUAUUAAGCAGGCAAAAUCACACUUACGGUCGUUAAAGGAGUCUGGGGUCAUUCCUAGCUCACAUACGUUUUCCCAUUUUCUUCAUGGUUACGUUAAAGCUGGGUUGCCUAAUAAGUUGGUUUCUUUGCAAGAAAAGUUGUCAGUUAUCGGUUUAUGGCCAUCGAGAAUUGGGUAUGAAGGUAUCUUGUCUGCUUAUGCCGAUCUUGGGGACAAAAGUAGUUUGAUUAAAACUCUAGAUGAAGCCCUCACUGUUCUUCAGCCUGUAAAAGCCGAAAUGAAGCAAAUUAAUUCUCACGUAUUUCCUCCGUCAUUUAUUUUGGAUAUUUACAUAAAGCUCGUUUGUUCGCAAAAAGACCCCAGUGCAACAUGUCGCGAAAUAUUGAAAAAAAUGCCUCUAAUACUUGGCCCAAACACUUUUGCAUUGGAUGCAGUCAGAAUUCUCCUAGCUCGUGGACGUCCUGCAGCUGCUCUAGAAGUUUUUAAGAUGAUAGAUCCGGAGAAUAUGAAUAGCGCAUAUUUGUAUUCAUUACUUCAUUUUGCUGUUCUUGGCGGUUUGAGUGAAGAACAACUGCAACCAUUCUGGAAAAUUUCGACUCGUGAUGAUUCAUACUUUCAAAUGCUUGUCAAUAAAGAUACCGCUCAUUCAUCUAGGACUCUAUCUGAUCUUGAAUCCAUAUUAUCGAUCCACAAUGUUUCCAACCCUGUUCUACGCGCUUGUGCUUUAUUUCGUGAAAAUAUGUAUCACAAAUUGUCAUUUCGUGUUGUUGACAUUGAAAAUGUUUUCUGGAAUGCCGUUAGAAAGAAUUCGCUUAGCAAUGUGCAUCGCUCAAUCGAAGCGCUUAUUGAUCUGUUCCUGUUGACAAAAGAUUAUGAUGGUUUCAAAAUUUUCUUUCAUCGUGUUGCAUCUGAUUUACCAAAACAUGUACAUCUUUUCCUCAAUCGAAAUACGGUUAGAGAAUUCUUAACUGAGCAUACUCAAGAGAACUGGGAUUUUCUAGUGUCCGUUUUAAGAUCAAAGGUUGUUCCGGAUGGCAUUGCUUGUUACUGUAUUCGUGCAAUGGAAGACCAACGUCUUAUGUAUCCGGCACUUAAUGAUCAUGUUCAACCUUCAUGGUUUUCAGAAUUACUACUUCGUCGUUUACGUAAAUUCGACCAUUCAAAAAUAUUGAAAAAUCUUCAUUGGAUAACUAAAAGUUUCUGCAAGUCUAAUUCUGCUGAUAUUGUAUAUUCAUUACAACAAAAAGCGAUUGAACAUGGUUUUUUGUUAUUACCUGAAACAAUUAAAUCAAUAAUUAUCACACCUUAUCUUGUUCGAGGUAAUCUAUUAGAACAUCGUCAUUUAUGUUUUAGAAAUCAUGAAUGGACAAGUCACUAUCCUGUUAAUUUGAACAGUGAUGAUAAUAAAAAUGCAUUUAAACAAUUCGAUUCAAUUAUUAAAAUCUCAUCGACUUCAAGUACUGAAAAAAUAGUUGAUAGGACCGUGAAUUGGUUAGUAAAACAUAUUCCGUGUCAUUUAUUCAAAACACCAAUUGAUUCGCUGACUUUUGAUAUACCGACUUGGUUAAUUAUUUGUCAACGAUUGUUACAAGACGGUUCAGCGUUUAGUGAACCUAUUAACUGGAUGAAUUUAGCUUUGAAAUGGCUUGAACAAACAAGUAAUGAGCCUAAUUACUUGGAUUGUUUCAAAGAUUGGUUCAAGUAUGCACCAAAUAACAGUACUUCUACAGCAUUAUUGAUUGCUGGUCUUAUUCAUCCCAAGUCUCGAGAAUGGGCUUUAUCGGUUCUGUCGGAGAGAAACGAUGCAAUAUACGAUAUUAUUGUUUCUGAUUCUCUUAAUCACCUUUCUGGCGAAAAUCAAUGUUCUUUUGCACGUCAAUUAUACAGAAAUGGUUUUGACGCUCCCACUUUACAGUAUAUUAUUAGCAAAUCGCCUGAAAAUGAAUACAUAAAUGAGCUUGUUCAAUUGUCUGUAGCAAAGACUAGUUGGAUUACUCCAAUGUUAGAUUUCAUAUCGGAACACUACCCUGAUAAAAAGUUAACGUUUUAUAACAACCUAUUAACUGUGUUGAGAACAAGAUCAGAUUCUCGAGAUACCUUGAUUUUGGUUUCCAAACUUCCUCAUGAUUCAAUAUCACAGAUAGAUCCUAUUAAUAGAUGGUUCUUGAAUACAAUUUCAAAAUUGAUUAACUUUUCUAAAGUGCCUCAGAAACUAUUGUUCAGUGAUUUAAACUCUAUUUUAUCAAAUACUGGGUUAUCAUCAAAUUUAGUUUUCUAUGAUCUUUGUGCAGCGAUCAAUAGUUCGAAAUAUCAAACCCUUAUUGAAUCAUUGAAAAGUAUUAUGGAUGAAAAGACAUUGGAUAUUGUCGUAUCGUUUGUAAUAUACUUUAUACUGAUCAAUAAGGGCGUUACUGAGUUAUAUCAACUACUUCAUUUUACAUCUCAUACUCACGAAAAGAAGAUAUUAUUUCUGUUUUGUAAAUAUUCUCAACCAUUCAUAAAAUAUAAUCUAAAGUAUUGCAUCCUUUCACAAGGACAACACUAUAAUGGUGAUUCAUUAGAUUGGUUAUCAAUGUCUGGUAUGCAAUUUUUGGAAACCAAACCACUACCGAUUAAACAAAAGGAUAAUGUACCAGUGAAAACAAAUGAGGAUUGUAUGGAACUGUCACCCGAAAAAUCUAUAGCUGAUAUCGCUCAAUUUCUUGUUAAUCAACAUAAAAGUAAUGGACGUGUGGGAUAUACCGUACAAUCAAUAGGACAAUUGUGGGAUUUGCCAAGUAGAUUGAUUUUAUUGCAUCACUUUGUGAAUCUUGGAGCUGUAUCUUUAUUCAAACGUAUUUUGUGGUCUUUGCCUAAACAAGAUCGGGAAAUGUUAUACCCAUUAAAAUUUGUUGCUUAUAUAAUACAGGCUUUUUCGAGUUCUACCCUUACUGGUGGUAUGCAAAGUGCGGAAAAUGCAAAUUUUGCUAUUGAAAGACUAACAGAUUUACCAUCUAAUCAAUUAGCUACUAUUAUUUGCAGUCCACACAUGGAUACUUUGUUUCAGUGUUGGCCUACUAAACAUAUAAAAAACUUGAUUACAAUUGUAAAUAAAAUAUCCGAAAAUGGUAAUAGUUCAAUUAGUUCACAGUUAGCUGGAGUUUUAGUCAAUCGUGGAUUAUAUAGCCAGAUUGAUCAUUUGAUCAAGAUCAAUAAGCCUAUACCGCCCAUAUUUUUAGCUGGUAGUACUCGAUUUCCGCUAACGGAAUCAUCUUUCCUAUCAACAUUGGAAUUUGUGAAUACUCAUAAUCCUGAACAUAUUUCCGAAUUUUUGGAUCAUUGUAAACGUAACACAGAAAGAUAUUCUUCAGAGAAACGAAGCAAUACUUGA